GCUGCGGGAGAGGCCCGAGCCGGAGUUUGCGGAGGGCCGAGCCGGACGCGCGGGGCGGCGGCGGGGCCUCGGAACAAGGAACUCUGCCUGUUUUUCAGACAAAGAAACUGAGCCCCGUGAACUAAAGAGACCUGGCCACGGCCACGCAGCUGGGUCAUUCUGGCUGCCGUUGUGAAGCCCCAGGGGUUCGGGGCAGAGCUGGGACCAGGCGAGGCAGCUGUGUAGUCUAGCUCUCCUGGCCCAACCUCCACUUCUCACCGCUCAUGCCGCUGGGUCUGGGGCGCCGGAAAAAGGCCCCGCCUCUGGUGGAAAAUGAAGAGGCCGAGCCGGGCCGGGGCGGGCUGGGCGAGGGGGAGCCGGGGCCCCUGGGCGGGGGCGCAGGGGGGCCGCAGGGGGGCCUGCCCCCGCCCCCCGCCGCCCUGCGGCCUCGCCUCGUCUUCCACACCCAGCUGGCCCACGGCAGCCCCACGGGCCGCAUCGAGGGCUUCACCAACGUCAAGGAGCUGUACGGGAGGAUCGCCGAGGCCUUCCGCCUGCCCGCCGCCGAGGUGAUGUUCUGCACCCUGAACACCCACAAGGUGGACAUGGACAAGCUCCUCGGGGGGCAGAUCGGCCUGGAGGACUUCAUCUUCGCUCACGUCAAGGGCCAGCGCAAGGAGGUGGAAGUGUUCAAGUCUGAGGACGCGCUGGGGCUCACCAUCACCGACAACGGCGCGGGCUACGCCUUCAUCAAGCGCAUCAAGGAGGGCAGCGUGAUCGACCACAUCCAGCUCAUCAGCGUGGGCGACAUGAUCGAGGCCAUCAACGGGCAGAGCCUGCUGGGCUGCCGCCACUACGAGGUGGCCCGGCUGCUCAAGGAGCUCCCGCGGGGCCGCGCCUUCACGCUGAAGCUCACGGAGCCCCGCAAGGCCUUCGAUAUGAUCAGCCAGCGGUCGGGGGCGCGGCCCGGCGCCGGCCCGCAGCUGGGCACCGGCCGGGGGACGCUGCGGCUCCGAUCGCGGGGCCCCGCCACCGUGGAGGACCUGCCCUCGGCCUUCGAGGAGAAAGCCAUCGAGAAGGUGGAUGACCUGCUGGAGAGCUACAUGGGCAUCAGAGACACCGAGCUGGCGGCCACCAUGGUGGAACUGGGCAGGGACAAAAGGAACCCGGAUGAGCUGGCUGAGGCGCUGGACGAGCGGCUGGGCGACUUCGCCUUCCCGGACGAGUUCGUCUUCGACGUCUGGGGCGCCAUCGGGGACGCCAAGGUCGGCCGCUACUAGGAAUCCCACCGGACCUCAUCUGAUGGAGGGGGGCCCCGGCCGGAGCCCCACUUCCCAGGACUGGGGGGGCGGGGGGAGGGGGGCCUGGCCCCUGCCUGCGUCCCCACUACCUCAACAGGGUCAGGGGUCAUGUGGAGGGCACCCCCCUCCCCGGCCACACCGGCCCCCUCUGGGGCCUGGGAUCUUUUGGGGGAACUUUGGCCUCCUUAGUACAAAAAGGGGGCGCCCCCAGCCAACACUAAAGCGGGCAAGCCUCAGAAAAUACACAAAAGGGUCAUGUCCCAGCGAAACAAAACGGGGUGCCCCCAGGAAAUACAAAAGGGGGGUGCCCAAGAAGCUACUAGGAAGGGGGUCCCUCCCCUGAGCACAGGCGGCACCGCCCUCUGCCGUGGGGAGCCCCUCCACGUGGAGUCUGUUACCUCUGCACCCGAGCAGUCUGCUGUGAACCCCCAAGCCCCCCCCCGGCCCGCGGGCGGCUUUUGUACGGACCUUUGCUGUGUGGGACAUAAAGGCUCUAUCUGCU